AUGGGUGGUGAAGAAGACCCCUUCUUCGCCGCUGCGGCCAUCCUCAGAAAUCUCGCUCGCGAACCUCCGCCGAGUGACGAUGACGAUGAUGCAAGUCUCUCCCCUAAACAACGUGUGAAGAACGGCUUCGAUUCCAAGCGCGUAGUGAGAUUACCGGGAGAUAAUACCGCUGGAAAAAAGGCAUUCACAACCGAGCUAGAGUGCUUGGUGUCUCGUAUCCAUGAUUUGGAGACGGAACUACAGUCUAAGAGACCCCGCAGGUCGCGACGACUUAAGCGCAAAUACGAUGACGAUUCUGUUGAGGAGGAUGACGACGAAGACGAGGAUGAUGAUGAUGAGUCGGACGAUAGCGAUGAUGACAACGAAGAUGAAGAUCAUCGGGUCAAUGGAAUCAUUGUCCCUCGACAUCGCAUGAUGCGCGGCGGAGCAGAGACUCUUCGUUCCCUUCAAAACCAUGUCGAAAAGCAAGCUCACGAAAUCAGCAUACAAAAGGAUAUCAUCGCUCGCGUUCGAGAUGAAUUGCACCAGCAGGAGGAACAUACCCGGCGGACUUUAGUCAAGGUGGAACACGAGGAUGUUGGAGUCCUGCAGCGUGAACUGCGGAAGCAUCAGCAAGCCAACGAAGCUUUCCAGAAGGCCUUGCGUGAAAUCGGCGGAAUUAUUACUCAGGUCGCUAAUGGUGAUCUCUCGAUGAAAGUACAAAUUCACCCACUGGAGAUGGACCCUGAAAUCGCAACAUUCAAACGAACAAUUAAUACCAUGAUGGAUCAACUUCAAGUCUUCGGUAGUGAGGUGUCAAGGGUGGCCCGUGAGGUCGGCACCGAAGGUAUACUGGGUGGACAAGCCCAGAUUACCGGGGUGCAUGGUAUCUGGAAAGAACUUACAGAAAACGUCAAUAUCAUGGCCAAAAAUCUCACUGAUCAAGUGCGUGAAAUUGCUACUGUCACUACUGCUGUCGCACAUGGUGAUCUCAGUCAAAAAAUUGAGAGCCGUGCCCAUGGAGAAAUUUUUGAACUACAGCAGACUAUCAAUACUAUGGUGGACCAACUUAGGACUUUUGCUACCGAGGUGACACGUGUUGCCCGUGAUGUCGGCACAGAGGGUGUGCUGGGUGGUCAGGCUCAGAUCGAAGGCGUUCAAGGCAUGUGGAAUGAACUGACGGUAAAUGUCAACGCUAUGGCCAACAAUUUAACCACGCAAGUGCGUGACAUCGCAACCGUUACCAAAGCAGUCGCCAAGGGUGACCUGACUCAAAAAGUACAAGCCAAUUGCAAAGGAGAAAUCGCAGAGCUCAAGAAUAUUAUCAAUUCCAUGGUGGACCAGCUUCGACAGUUCGCCCAGGAAGUUACGAAGAUCGCCAAGGAAGUGGGUACGGAUGGUGUUCUCGGUGGCCAGGCUACAGUUCAUGAUGUCGAGGGCACUUGGAAGGAUCUCACCGAGAACGUGAACCGUAUGGCAAACAAUCUUACUACCCACGUGCGCGAGAUUGCAGAGGUCACUACAGCUGUCGCAAAGGGCGAUUUGACAAGGAAAGUUACGGCCAACGUGCAGGGCGAGAUACUAGAUUUGAAGAAUACCAUCAAUGAUAUGGUGGACCGUCUGAAUAAGUUUGCAUUUGAAGUCAGCAAGGUGGCUAGGGAAGUCGGCACAGAUGGAACCCUUGGCGGCCAAGCAAAAGUUGAUAAUGUGGAGGGUAAAUGGAAAGACCUCACCGACAACGUCAACACCAUGGCGCAAAAUCUUACCUCACAGGUGCGAGGUAUCUCCGACGUGACGCAGGCUAUUGCCAAGGGUGAUCUCAGCAAGAAAAUCGAAGUCCACGCGCAGGGAGAGAUCCUCACUUUGAAAGUAACGAUUAAUAACAUGGUUGACCGUCUCGCCAAAUUUGCUACUGAACUCAAGAAAGUCGCUCGUGAUGUCGGUGUUGACGGAAAGAUGGGUGGUCAAGCUAACGUAGAGGGAAUCGCCGGCCGAUGGAAAGAAAUUACCGAGGAUGUCAACACAAUGGCCGAAAAUCUUACCUCGCAGGUGCGAGCCUUUGGCGAAAUCACUGAUGCCGCCACCUAUGGUGACUUUACCAAAUUGAUCACUGUUAACGCCUCUGGUGAAAUGGACGAACUGAAGCGCAAAAUCAAUAAGAUGGUUUCCAAUCUGCGUGACAGUAUUCAGCGUAAUACGGCUGCCAGGGAAGCUGCAGAACAAGCCAAUCGCACCAAAUCAGAGUUUUUGGCCAAUAUGAGUCACGAGAUUCGUACGCCCAUGAACGGUAUUAUUGGCAUGACACAGCUUACUCUGGACACCGAUGACUUAAAACCUUAUCCUCGAGAGAUGUUGAAUGUCGUUCAUAAUCUGGCGAACAGUUUGUUGACUAUUAUUGACGAUAUUCUGGAUAUCUCGAAGAUUGAGGCAAACCGGAUGGUCAUUGAAAGUAUUCCGUUCACUGUCAGGGGUACCGUAUUCAAUGCGCUCAAGACUCUGGCGGUCAAGGCCAAUGAGAAAUUCCUCAAUCUGGCGUACCAAGUGGACAGCUCCGUACCUGACUAUGUUAUCGGUGACCCAUUCCGUCUCCGCCAGAUCAUUCUCAACUUGGUCGGAAACGCUAUCAAAUUUACCGAACAUGGUGAGGUCAAGCUGACUAUUAGCAAAUCUCAAAGAGAGCAAUGCGCCCGGGACGAGUAUGCCUUCGAAUUCUCCGUGUCAGAUACUGGCAUUGGUAUUGAAGAAGACAAACUUGACCUUAUUUUCGACACAUUCCAGCAAGCCGAUGGAUCAACUACUCGUCGGUUUGGAGGAACUGGCCUUGGUCUCUCUAUUUCUAAGCGUCUUGUCAAUCUCAUGGGUGGUGAUGUUUGGGUUACCUCAGAAUACGGCCAUGGCAGCACAUUCCACUUUACCUGUGUUGUCAAACUCGCCGACCAAUCCCUGAACGUCAUCAGCUCGCAGCUUAUUCCCUACAAGAACCAUCGUGUUCUGUUCAUUGACAAGGGACACACUGGUGGACAUGCCGACCAGAUUACACAGAUGUUGCAACAGCUGGAUUUGAAGCCUCUCGUUGUCAAGUAUGAAGACGAAGUCCCUCCUCCAGAAAUACAAGAUCCCUCAGGCAAGGAGUCAGGCCAUGCCUACGAUGUAAUCAUCGUGGAUACCGUGGAUACUGCCCGUACCCUGCGGACGUAUGAAGAGUUCAAGUAUAUACCGAUUGUACUAUUGUGCCCAGUGGUAUCUGUGAGCUUGAAGUCUGCUCUGGACCUGGGUAUUACCUCGUACAUGACCACCCCUUGUCAACCUAUCGAUCUGGGUAAUGGAAUGUUGCCGGCACUAGAAGGUCGCUCGGCGCCAAUCACGACAGACCACUCCCGAUCAUUUGAUAUUCUCCUCGCUGAAGAUAAUGAGGUCAACCAGAAGCUGGCAGUGAAGAUUCUGGAGAAAUGCAACCACGGUGUCACUGUGGUGGGCAACGGUCAGGAGGCUUUGGAUGCAGUCAAAGAUCGGCGAUACGAUAUUAUUCUUAUGGAUGUUCAAAUGCCUGUUAUGGGUGGAUUUGAAGCCACAGCUAAAAUUCGUGAAUAUGAGCGCGAGAAGAAUUUGUCUCGCACUCCUAUCAUUGCUCUUACGGCGCAUGCUAUGCUGGGUGAUAGGGAGAAAUGUAUCCAGGCUCAGAUGGAUGAAUACUUGUCCAAGCCUCUGAAACAGAACCAGAUGAUCCAGACUAUUCUAAAGUGUGCAACGCUUGGUGGAAAUUUCAUGGACAAGAGCAAAGAGGCACGGCUUGCGGGCCAGGGGGAGGGACACCUUCAGCCCGGAUAUCAACGUCCUGGAAUGGAAGGUCGAACGCUUAGUUCGAAUGAGGGCACAAGCGUGGAGGAAGUGGUCCAAGCGCCUGACGUCGACCGACAAAAGCUAUUGUUACGAUCUCACAGUAGCUAG